GUCGUCAAAUCAGACUACCCCGCAUCGUCAGCUGCCUCCGCCGCAACUGUUCGAGCCUGUCAAAUAGUCCGACAAGCUUGGACAAGUUUUCCAACAUAGCCGUUAGAAGGGUAAUAGGGUAAUAGCUACUGGCCAUGUUCUGCCUUAGCUUCUUCUCCUUCGUUGCACUGGGCAUUGCCGGGGCAGCUUCCGUGGUCUCCGACGAUGUUCUCGGCGUCGACCUCUCACUCCGUGAACGGAACUCGACGACGUCGCUCAUCGACUGCUUGACUAGGGCGGGCCUAAACCCGGUCACGCCUUCGAACCCGACAUAUCAGAACGACUCCCUCCCGGUGAAUUUGAGGUUGAUCUACAAGCCCGCUGCACUCGUGUACCCGAAUACAACAGAUGAUGUAAGCGCAUCGGUCAAAUGCGGCGCUGUGAACGACGUUAAAGUGAACGCGCGUUCCGGUGGACACUCAUACGCGUCUUUCAGCACGGGUGGUGAGGAUGGGCAUCUAGUCAUCUCGCUCGACAACCUCAACAAUAUUACGCUGUCCGGCGAUUACGUCACAAUCGGUACGGGUAACAAACUUGGUCCUUUGUACUACUUCCUCUGGGAGAAUGGCCAACGUGCGGCCGCAUUCGGUACUUGCCCCCAAGUCGGUGUAGCAGGCCAUCUUCAUGGUGGGUUUGGCUAUCACGGCCGCAAGUGGGGUCUAUUCUUGGAUCAGGUCGUUGAGAUGGAGGUCGUGAAGGCGGACGGUUCCAUCGUCAUCGCUAACAACCACACCAAUGCCGACCUCUUCUGGGCGCUCCGCGGCGCCCCACCUUCUUUCGGCAUAAUCACCAGGUUUACGGUACUGACUCACCCUGCUCCCACCCAUGCCGCGACGUUUGCCUUCACGUACACCUGGAGUACUCCCGAGGUUGCGUCCUCGGCGUUCCAGAUAUUCCAGCACUUCGCCGCUGAGACGGACUUGCCUUCCGACUUGGCGCUGCAGGUCCGUUACACAGAAGCCACCCCAGUCCCGACCUUUUCGUUGAACGGCGCGUACUACGGCAACGACGGGAUCACUGGCUUGAAUAGGACGGUCCAACCUCUUUGGGAUGCCCUCGGGGCACUCAACGACUCCGUUCCGACCGCGACUAUCUUCGAGGAUCUGAAUUGGAUCCAGAACGUUGUGUAUGAAGCCGAUUCCGACCCAACGACCGACCCGAAGGUCGCGCUCCAGGAAGCACAGGGCUUUCAGAUUCCUUUCUAUUCUAACUCGCUUUUCUACCCCGCCGACAACCUGCUCACGAAUGCGUCUACGCUCUCGUUCACGCGAUACACGUAUAAUGGCACAAGCGCCGACGUGAACUGGUACGUCCUUUGGGACGUUUUUGGCGGCAAGAACUCGGCCAUCGCAGCGGUACCUCAGGAUGCGACGGCAUACAAUGCACGCGAUAUGCUCAUGAACCUGCAGAUCCUUGGAUACAGUACGACCUUGCCGUACCCUGACGACGGGAUUCCCUUCAUCACGGGCAUCUUGAAGUCUGUCACUGACCCCAUGCCAGGAGGCCGCUUUAUGGGCUACCCGAACUACGUCGAUUCGCAGCUCAGUCGUGAGGAGGCUCACGCGUGGUACUACCCUACGCAUACGGCGAAGCUGCAAAGAAUCAUGAGGGAAGUGAACCCGAAGGCGGUCUUUGACUACCCUCAAGGCUUCCUCCCCACGUGAGAUGCUUGGUCGGACGCCAGUAUGUCAGUCGCGGAGGAGCAGGACUUAGUGAACCCCGUCAUAAGGUCAUCCAGCAUCUCCUGGAUUAUGUAUUUGGAAAACGGCUACUACUGAUACUCCCAUAAAGAGACUUCCC